AUGUACUUGGAGUCGGCACACGAGGACACAUUGCUGCACGUCAACGCCGCCGAGACUGAAGUGGGUGAGGCUGCCGCGGAGCAUCCCUGCCCACCCGGUAGUGAGCCGUGUCCUGGGCGCUCUGACGAUGAGAGCCGCGACCCAGACACGCUGCUGUUUGAGGUGCAUGGGCGGCCAGUGGUGCGGCACGCCGCUCCGCUGUCGGCUGGCGGCGAGGGCGACAGCGAAGCAAGCACCGCUGUUGGCGGCCAGACGCCGCGGUUCGGCUAUGGACCGCGGCAGCGCCAUCCCGCCGGCCCGCUCGCCAGUGAUACUGACGACAAUAAUAACAACAACACUGGUAAUGACGUUAUUGCAGGUGGUGUCUCUAGUGUCAGCGUUGGCGUGCGGCAGGCGUUAUUUUCUUCUUCCUCUCCUGCUGGUGCUUGGGAGAGCAACGACAUGGCGCGAACACCGUCGGUCGAAGCUUCGGGGCAGACGGCAGCGCCAGCGUUCUUGGAGUCUUCUGUUGUGGACACAUUGGUCGCGCUUGAAUCGUCGUCGCCUCUUCCAGUUGCUGCUGAACCGCUGCUUCAGCAGCAGCAGCCAGAGCAAUCACCCCCCGCUUUUCCGCUCAAAGAAGGCGGAAGUAAUCAUACGGGUUCGAUAACAUCCGUGGAAACAUGA